AAUAUGGAUUAUGAAACUCUCUUUGUCAUUCUACCCAAGGAACCAAAAAAAUGGUCUCGGGAGGAUGUGUCAUUAUGGCUUAAAUUUGUUGGAUUGUAGUCUCUGGAAAGCACUUUCAGUAUAUAUUUAUAUUUAGGAGUAGCAAAUAAUUCAAUCGAUGGAUCCUGUUUGGAAUUAAUAGAGGAAAACGACUUAAUUGAUGAUUUAGGAAUCAACAGUAAGAUAGUUAGAAAAAAGUUGAUGCAUUGUAAAUAAAUAUUUUAAGAAAGGGUUGAAAAUUGGAUUGAAAGAGUAUGCUUAACAUAUAAAAUCAGUUUUUAUUGAUGACAAGCGAUGUGAUAGGAUGGAAUAAGAAAACACUUCACUUGAAAAUACAGAAUCCGCACAAGCUCAAUAUGGAUAAAUUAAUGUAUAACAUGAUAUGAUGACUAAUUACAUUAAGAAUAAUGAAAUGUUAUCUCAAUAGUUCUAACAACCAUUAUGUGAAAUGUAAGGAGAUGCAUCAUAACAUAGUGAAAACAAGCCUUAGUUUUUAAAGAAAUAAUAAACCGGCAAUUAAUUAGACUAGGAAAUAGAAAAUUUAGAAUCACAAGUGUAAAAUGAACUCAUUAUUCAACCAACCGAAGGACCAUAGACUAAUUUCUAUUGUAUCAAAGAAUCAGGAGGUAAAAUAGGAAGGCACUCCAACAACUAGAUUUUGAUAUUAGAAGAAAGCAUAAGCAGAUUUCACGCGGAAAUUGUGUUUUAAAAUAAAGAUGUAAAUAAUUAAUGUUGAAUGGGAUAGUUUUUCAUAAAAGACAUUGGAUCAACAACUGGGACUUUCAUCAAAGUAGAGAGCAAAUUAGAAUUGUAAGUUGGAAUGAUCAUAGAGCUUGGAAGCAAUCAAUUUGAGAUUUAGCAAUUAAGUAUGAAUAAUCAAAUAGUUGAAGUAAGCUAAUGUUUAUCUUAAUUUAGAUUGUCAUGUUGAUAGUAGAGGGGUUGAAUUCAUCUGAAAAGCACAUAAUAGCUUUGAAUCCUUAAAAGUGUGUUACAACUAUAGGUAGAAAAUAAACUGCAGAUCUCACCUUCAGUGAAGAUCAUCAUCUCUCAAAUAUACAUGCCAAGAUUUGCCUAAUUGAGGGACGUGUCUAUUUGGAAGAUAUGGGAUCCACUAAUGGGUAUUUUAAUUUAUUUGAUUAACAGUUCCUGGAUUAGGUUGUCAAAAGAAGGAUAGUUCUCAUAGUUAUAUCCUUUAGAGAACCAAACAGUAUUCAAGAUUGGAACCACUUCUACUUAUUAAUGCAAAAGAAGUACUCAGGUGGUUGCAGAUAAGAAUAAUGAGAAUAGUUGUAUAAUUUGUAUAGAAAAUGAUCGGGAUGCUCUGUACAUGCCCUGUAAACAUAACACUGCCUGUCUCAAAUGCAGCAAGAAUUUGAAGGAUUGUCCCAUUUGCAGAACCAAAAUCCAAGAUGUUAUUAGGAUCUACAAAAACUGA